AAAAACAGCGAUGGACGGCACUCGUAGCCGUUAGUGUGUUACCGCGAGCUUUGCCGUUCGGACACCACAUAACUCACGAACAUAUCCAUCAUCGGAGUCAAGUCGUAUCAGUAAAUGGCUUCCGUCAUUGGCGUCCGAUUCGUACAGCAACAGUAUCCGCAUCAAUUCGAGCCACUACCACGGUCGUAGUUCGCUCCCCUGUCAUAAACGUUCCACCCGAUAUUCUCGUCGCGGUGUCGUAUUGCGACCGUAUACAAUAUCACCGGUUUUUUUUUAAAAUUUUAUCUUGUUAUCCUACAUUAAAAAAAAAAAAAAAAAACUUUAACAUCGAGUGCAAUAUCCGUGGUCAGUUGACUCCAAUCGAGCGACGAAAAAUAUCCUUUUCGAGCUGAUAACUUUCUAUCACAUCGCAGUCAGGACUGUGUCGAUGAUGAACCGAGCGACGACAGUGUUUGCGGCGUUAUUGGCAGUCGCCAGUUGUCAGCAAAUGUUGCAGCAGUUCAGCGUAGUUGAUCCGAACUCUGGUCAAACUGGACCUGCGGGUUUUAUGCCGAUGAAAGAUGACCGUCAAACAUCUGAGACGAUGACCGAACGCCGGACAUCCGAACCAACUUCUGAAUCGUCUUCCGUGCAAAGCAGAGAUUAUUCGGGUGGUCCCGAAUUUUACGGUUACAAUAACUAUCCAGCCAGUUACGGGCCACCAAGCUCUAGUUAUGGAUCAGAUAUAACUUUUGAACCAUCUGCACCAGCUGAUAUCCCGUCCAGUGCUUAUUCCAGUCCCGGUUACAGUUCAUCAUACUAUUCUGGAUAUGGAGAUGAUACAAAAAAAAGGAAACCGAGUUAUGCAACACCUUAUUAUCCACCCACGUCGGUGUCUUGUCCGUCACCAUUCACAAACAACAUAUUGACCGACUUGCUGAAGACUGGUAGCACGGCUAAGUUCGGCUUGGUCAAGUCCGUGGUGGCAGCUAUAGCCACGCUGUUUCUAGCAAAGAUACCCAUACUGUUAGCAGUCAAGGCGCUUGUGCUCAAGCUAUUCGUUGUGCCAUUGGCCGUGGUCGUUCUGUCGCUCCCUGUGCUCAUUCCUGCCGCCCUCCUGUUGCAGCCACUGUGGAAGCGGUGGAAGGAGUUUGUCGGUAUUGACACGUCAUCCAAACAACCGCAAAUGGUGAUGAUGAUGCCAGCCGCGGAUUCCACAAAGCCAGCCAACGAUACAUCCGCUACGCCCGCCGCCACUAGGGCGCUAGAAAACAACCUGGAGAGUGUGCUCAGCAACCUACUCGAGUCAGAGAGAUGUAUGGAACGGCUAGCUUGUCAGUUGGGCGUCAGGGACGCAAAAUCCGAAUACAAACAACAAGUAUCCUGGGUGUUGAAGUUCUUGCAGACGCUCCGUGUUGUCCAAAAUAACGAACCAAUCAGAGAUAAACUAAAGCAAUACCGCGACGCUUACAACUACGGUACCGAGAUGGGACUAGGUUCGGUCGAAGAUGAAAAUCUCGUGAAUUCCGUCUGUUCGGAAGUGCGAUAUCCCUGUCGAAGUACCCAAAAAUCACUACAGAGAAGCACGAGAGCUCUAGUUGACUUUGCCGGGUUUUAAUAAUGACUAAUUUAAUCUCACGUCUAACUGUUGUAUAUAACAGUAUUAUAUUUUAUACAGUCGUGAUAUAAUGUCUAAGAACUAAAUGUCAUAAAACUUAUUGUGACCUCGCGAGUAAACUCUCAAAUCGUUUUCUUUGUACAAUCAAAAUAAUAUAAUUUAUUAUUAUUUUUUUUUUUUAUUUUUAAUUUAAUUUAUUUUAU